AUGUGGGGCAAUCGCCAGAGAUACCACGUCCUGUUGUACGACCACGAAGAGCUUGAAGAGGAGUAUGCAGUGUGGUGGCCAGAGAGAGCUUCAGAGCCAGUGUCUCCUCGGAGGCUUUGGAUCUUGGUUCCAGGUGGAAUGAGCGAUGGGGACUCCGUUGCAGGAUACUUUGAUGAGCUUCUUCAAAGCGGUGUCAUCGACAAAGCCAACGAAGACUGGUGCCUGUUUCACAAUGCUGGCACAGGUGGAGCCGAAUGGCGAAAGCAAACCUACGCGGGCCUGUCUGAUCCGGCAUUCCUUUUAGACUACCUCAAGCGCCUCGGAGCGUACAGCGAUGAGGAUACCAAGCACGAGUGCCCUUACAGAGAGAUUGUCAUUCUGGGCUUCUCCGUCGGUGGCAUGCUGACCUUAGCCACGGCAGACAAGAUCUUCAAUGCAAAAGUCUACCAUGCAAAACCAGAGGAAGCGCUUCAGAAGCCGACUCUUCUCGCGGGACGAGCGCAAUCAGCAAGUUUGUCCAAGGACGUGCACUGCUCCGUCAAAGACGGACCGCAGCGGAGUAGUGGCGAGCGGGUUUCAAGACGCUGCACAAAGGAAGGACAUGCUUGUCGCCUCAGAUUCGUUUCCGUGCACAGCCCCGACCACUUGCGAAACACCUUCGAAGCUAUGACAAAGUGGUCUUGGUUCGCUCGCUUGGAUAUUCCCCUGGCGCUCCAUUUCUGGGCAGUCAAUUUGCGAAAUCGCUUGAUCUUCAAGUGUCCUGAAGGCCGGCUACUUCCCUGGCCGCCCACUUGGUCUUACAUCCGGCACAUCACGGAAGUCGCCUGGGCACAGAACCAGGUUCUCAAGAAGCAGGCGACUGGGGCAUCUGCUUGUCAAGGGCAGUUGCAAAUGCCAUUCGAGCAUUUCGAGGGAGACUUUUCACUUCAACUCCGUGCCACUCUUCCCGCCGGGGAAGUUCUGCGAAUUCAGAACCCCGAGGAUCCUGUCGUGGAUCGAUCCACCUUGGAUCCCAAUUGCCUCCGGAAGUGUGAUGUGUGGUGGUUCCGUGAGGGCGGACAUGUGAUGUGUUUCGGCGCAAGCCCGAAGUUGGCAUGCCGCUUGCGAAAGUGGGUGGAGCAUCCCCCAGUCGUCAUGUGA